AUGAGCCAGACAGAGCCACCUCCAGUACCCACCAGCAGCCAGAGCCACACUCAUUGCCCACCUGCAGCCAGACAGGCCACCUCAGUGACCACCAGCAGCCAGACAGAGCCACACUCCAGUACCCACCAGCAGCCAGAGCCACUCCAGUACCCACACAGCCAGACAGGCCACACUCCAGUACCCACCAGCAGCCAGACAGGCCACACUCCAGUACCCACCAGCAGCCAGACAGGCCACACUCGAGUACCCACCAGCAGCCCAGGCCACACUCAGUACCCACCAGCAACCAGACGAGCCACACUCGGUACCCACCUGCAGCCAGACAGAGCCACCUCAGUACCCACCAGCAGCCAGACGAGCCACCUCCGGUACCACAGCAGCCAGACGAGCCACACUCAGUACCCACCUGCAGCCAGACAGGCCACACUCCAGUACCCACCAGCAGCCAGACAGGCCACCUCAGUACCCACCAGCACAACCAGACGAGGCCACACUCAUGCCCACCAGCAGCCAGACAGGCCACACUGGUACCCACCUGCAGCCAGACAGGCCACACUCAGUACCCCACCAGCAGCCAGACGAGCCACACUCCAGUACCCACCAGCAGCCCUGACGAAGGACAAUAAUUUACGCCCUAAUCUGAAAUUGUUGUCCCCAUACACUAAACCUCGUUACCACACCCCCAACAACACCACGACACCCACACCUCCAUUGUUGCUGUCCCGUGACCCCGAGAGCCUCGACUACAGCUGCUAUUACUUGUUAAUGACCUUUGAACUGUCUCACCUUCAUUUAGUAUCAACACACGUAUAG